GAUUGCUGUCACGGCCAACAAAGGACUUGGCUGAGCAGAGGGUCAUCCUGGGAUCUCCAUUCACACCCACUCGAGUUCCUUGCCUUGUAGAUCGGCCUUCGCUCGUUCGCGAAUUGUGACUUGAGGAUAUGGCUAGCUUGCAUUCAAGGGAUUGCAUUUCACGCUUCUCCUCUCAUAACCCAGCCGACUGGGAGAAAAUCGUUCGUUUGAAACUAUCCGGCAUUUGCUGUGACGCGAUUACGGCGGCUGCUAGAUACGGCUCUCGCGACUUCCAAUGGAGACUUCCAGUAGCGAAGCAGUCGAACCUGUCCCGAGCCUGACCUCCAGCCAUGGCAGCCGUAGCAGGCUGAUAAUGUCAGACGUCGUUCUCGAUAUCUUCAAGUCCUUCGCUGGAGAGCAUCGAGUCCGCUGACUGUAUCACCAUUGGAUGCAGGGAAUUGUCGUCUUUUCUUUCAACGACGUUGAAGGGAAAAACAAACGCGUGGAACAAAUGCGUGGAUCAGCUUGCUGUGAGUUUUUGGGGAAGAGAGGAGGAAAGGAGAGGAGCGUUGUGUCAAGAAGGAAGGUGAAAAGAACCGACACCUGGGAAUGUCGAGCUUGGUCUGCUUAUCUCCCCUCGUCUGUGUUUGUAACUUCUAAAGCUUUCUUGACAGGCCCUGGUUGCUGAGCUGAGAGGUGCCCAAGCUGAAUCCAAGAAACUGUUAGGGAAGGCGCCUGACUGCAAGAGUGGCAAGGACAAGGGGCUGGCGAGACGGAUAGAGCUGCACAAGAUUCAGCAAGCGAGUGAAGACAAGUCUCGCAGUGCCAGGGAGCUGAUCGAGUCUCUGGCGGCGCAGCUGAUGCUGCGGAUGUCACAGUGAGUAAAUGCCUCCCUGCAUGGCUAUGCUGCAGUGUUUGAAGCCUUGCUGCUCGUUGCGUUGCCUGCCACAUCGCAAAAAAGUGGCAAUCUAAAAACCAUUCGAGGUGGAGCGAGGAUGCCGACUAUCUGCAGAACAUUCAAAUACCAUUCGCAGAACGUUCGCGUAGCAUUUGGCAGGGUGUAAAUGUAAAAUGUAUGUUUUGCAAAAGCUACGAUUUCUAAACCCUAUGAUUUCAAAGCGAUAAGCGUCUGUCCAAUCGUAGUACACUCCUGUGUUUUUUUUGUUAUGUUCGAACGUAAUUGUUUAUGUAUGGAAUAUAUCAUGUGUGGGAAA